GAGGACGGAGGAUGGCAGCGGAUGCAGGAAAGAGGCGCCGCCAGGAGGAGGAGGAGAGCGGGCCCCGCAGAGCAGCCCUGACCGGUCCUGGAACGGCUUCCCCGGGAGACAGCGGAGAAAGGCCGGGGGGCUCCGGGGCUGCAGGAGGGAUGAGCCCAGGAGGAGCCCAGGAAAGGCGGCUGCCUGGAGGGCGAUGCGGGGAGGAGGAAAUGGGCGGAGACCCCGAGAUGGGUCUGGAGGGCGGAGGCUCCUUCGGAAGACCCCCAAAGCCUCGAAGGAUCCAGGAGGAAGCAAAGGAACAUCCAUGCCCAGAAUGUGGAAAAUCCUUCAAAAGAAAUCAUCAUCUCCAAAGGCAUCUUAGCAUCCACUCAGGAAAAAAACCUCAUAAAUGCCUGGAGUGUGGAAAGAGCUUCCGUCAAAGGGAAAAUCUCCAUUCACAUCAAAGACUCCAUUUAGAAAACCAGUACCAAUGCUGGCAAUGUGAAAAAUCCUUCAAAACAAUUCAAAUCCUUGAAAAACAUGUAAGAAUCCAUUCGUUAGAGAAACCAUUUAAAUGCCUGGAGUGUGGAAAGAGCUUCCAUCAUUGGAGUAACUUCGAUAUACAUGAAAGAAUCCAUUCAGAAGAAAAAAAGUAUGAAUGCCCAAAAUGUAAAAAAUCCUUCAAAAGAAACGACCAUCUUCAAAGGCAUCUAAUAAUCCACUCGGUAGAAAAACCUCACAAAUGCCUGGAGUGUGGAAAGAGCUUCAGUCAGAGGGGACAUCUUUAUAGACAUCAAAGAGUCCAUUUACAAGAAGAGUAUGAAUGUGGGGAAUGUGAAAAAUCCUUCAAAACAAUUCAAAUCCUUGAAAAACAUCUAAGAAUCCACAAGCCAAAUAUAUGCCUGGAGUGUGGAAAGAGCUUCAGUCAAAGGGGAAGUCUUGAUAGCCAUCAAAGAAUCCACACAGGAGAAAAACCCUACAAAUGCCUGGAGUGUGGAAAGAGCUUUACUGAGGGUGGACACCUCCGUCGACAUCAAAGAGUCCACACAGGAGAAAAACCACAUAAAUGCCUUGAAUGUGGAAAGUGUUUCAGUAGGAGAGGAACUCUGUAUGGACAUAAAAUGAUUCACACAGGAGAAAAACCGCAUAAAUGUCUGCAGUGUGGAAAGAGCUUUAGUCAGAAAGGAACCCUUGACGGACAUCAAAGAAUCCACUCAGGAGAAAAACCCUACAAAUGCCUGGAGUGUGGAAAGAGCUUUAUUGAGCGUAGUAGCCUCCGUUGACACCAAAGUGUCCACACAGGAGAAAAACCACAUAAAUGCCUCAAAUGUGGAAAGUGUUUCAGUCGGAGAGGACACCUUAAAAGACAUCAAAAAAUCCACUCAUGGGGAGAAAAACCACAUUAAUACCUGGAGUGUGGAAAGAGCUAUAUUCAGUGUAGGGGCCUCCAUCGAUUCAUGCGGGAGAAAAAUUAUAAACAUGAGUGUGAAAAACCUUCAGUCCCAGAGUGUAUCUCAGGAAUUGAAUUGAAUUGCGCAUUAAAUCUGGCCAAGUGUGAAUAGGCACACUAGGAAUUUGUCUUAAGCUCUCAGUGUACAUACAAAGCAACAGAAUAAUGAUAUUCAUGAUAAUUAUAAUAAUUCCAAUAUGAGGGCGGAGUAAAGAAGAUAUUAAGAAGGGUAAAUAAUAACUGCCAAAUAAGGGACUUUCCCAGGCUGAAUAAUAAAGGGCUUUUUCAAUUGUACAUACGAAAUGUUUUAACUGGCUGAAAUUGUACUUUUUCACAACAGACUUUCCUGACUCAUGAUGCCAUUUCCCAUCUGGACGUUCUUUUAAUGCAAGGCUCAUUAUUGUAAUAUGGGAUGUUACUGUCCAUGUCUCUGAUGUAGCUGUAACUGAGCAAGAUGAUUUCUUCCAGGGUGGAUUUCAUUUAAAUCAGGUUGAUUUAAAUCACGAUUUAAUUUAUUAUGUAAAUCACUAGCAAAAAGGCCCAUGGUUACUGUGAAAUUGUGUGAAUGUAUCAGUGCAGUGCAUGUUAUCUCAGCUUGCAGAGCUUGGAUUCAUCGAAUGAGUUUCCCAGAAAUUUAAAUAUUGCAGAAAAUACCCCUUCAUGCUUCAUAACUAAGCUCCAUUUCAUGCUGAAUAAACUAGAUUGUUAAUACAUCUUAAAUAUAGAACCAUCUUUAGAUAGAUUUUUACAUCAAAAGCAUUUUAUUGAAAUGAAUUUGCUAAAAAUAAAAAACCGAUUUCAAUAAAAAAAAUCUAUUUUUUUUUAAAUUAAAUUGAUUUCUAUCCACUGAUUUCUUCUAAGCAAUCAACUGUUGUUUUGUACUUUUUCUACUGUUUGGAGUAUAAAAUGAAACCUGAUUCUGUG